CCCACACUAGAUAGAUAGCAGCAUAUCCUGCUGCAGUUUGUCAAGGAAGGAAGGAAGAGAGAGUGAGAAAGAAAGAGAGAGAGAUCAUGAGCUCUAGGCCUCUAAUGCGUAAUAGUAGCGCUAUUCUAGACGAGAGCAUUUGGCUACUUUAUCUUCAAAAAAGCCCAGAGGAAAGGACCAGUGAAGAUUUGGACAUUAUUUACAGUAGACUAAAGACUUUGAAAGUCUUUGAGAACUAUCCUGAAGACCUUUUACGUGACAUAGCUCUUUAUUCAACUUACGAAGAAGUCCCUGCUCAUACUACUUUGUUUUGUCCUGGUGAUGAGGGAUUGUUUUGGUACACGGUAAUUCAAGGAAGUUUGGAGAUGUUAAAAGGCGAUAUGGAGACAAGCAAAGUGAACAGUAUUUGUAGUUUAGGUGAAGGCAGUUCUUUUGGUGAAAGUGUCAUUUUUGGUAACAAAAGAGAAACCAUGAUCGUAACAACCGAUCCCUGCCAGCUGCUCUGUGUUGAUGCUAAUCACAUCCGCCAGAUAUAUGAUGAUCAUAAAGACUCCAUGAAAUAUUUUAGCGGAGCACCCGGUCGACCAGUGUCCACUUGUUCGUACGACACUAACCAUGAUAACAUUGACGGGAGGAACUCUGUAAUUUCUGAUUCCAGUAGCCUCGCAAUGGAGGAGUCACAGAUUUCAAUGCCAGUGGCUUGUGCUCUAGAGUCUGAAUUGACAUUGGCAGGUUUGACUAUAUAUCAAAUAAUUAAUGAGCACUUUAGCGACCUAAUCGCUGAUCAUCAGGUGAAUAUGUACACCUACAAAAGGUGUUGUAGUGGUCAGUCACUUGUUAACUGGGUUAUAAAACAGUCGGCGGUUAAUAGAUCAAGACAGCAGGUCAUAGCAAUGUGGCAGGCGCUACUUUGUGACGGAAUAAUCGAACACACUCUUAAUGAGCACAACCAGUUCCUCGACGACGAUAAAAUAUAUUAUCGCUUUGUCGAUCGGCCAAUUCCAGAAUCAGCAAAACUAGCCAACAGUCCGGGAGCCUCCGGAAGGUUUGAAUAUCGACGGACUCAGAGCUGUGACUCGAGUAUACUGGAGAGUCCAAUAAUGUCUCGUUCCAGCACUCACAAUAGCAUAUCAAGUGGAGUGGAGGGGGGAGGGGGAGGAGGGGGAGGGGGCAGUCCCACGUCUAGUCCUCGUUCCUCCCUCUCGUCUCUACUGGAGGAUUGCUUUGAACUUAUUGCACAGCUUGGACCCGAAGCACUGAUUUACGCAACACUGAUAAAGAGUCCUGAUAAUCGAUCAGAUGAUGACAUUCAGUUGAUAUACGAAGAGCUUUUGCACGUUAAAGCAUUCGGUCACCUUUCUAAUGCAAUCAAAGAAGAAUUGGCGUCAGUUGUACAGCUGGAGAAUCACCCAGUAGCAGGAAAAUACUUAUUUAAAGAAGGUGAUGCCGGUACUUCAUGGUACAUCAUAUUAAAGGGAUCAGUUAAUGUCCUGGUUGGAAAGGAUGUGAUGUGCACUCUUCAUGAAGGUGACGAGUUUGGAAAACUUGCACUUCUAAAUAAUGCCCCUCGUACUACGAGUGUACAAUUGAGAGAGCCCAACUGUGUCUUCCUUAGGGUGGAUAGGGAUGACUUUACAAGAAUAUUGUUAUCAGUAGAGAAGAACACAGUCAAGAUAAAGGAACACGGGAAAGAGGUGUUACUCCUUGAGAAAAGCACAGGAGGAAAAUACCUGGUUGUCAAGGGGACCCCACAGAAAAUGCUGGAGUAUUUAUUGACACUUGACAUAUCCCCAGGAGGGCGGGAUGCAGCCAUUGAUGAAUCCUUUGCUUGCGAUUUCUUUCUCACAUAUCCCGCCUUCAUUAGCGUCUCGGAGCUCUGCGAUGGUUUAAUAAAAUGUUAUGAUAGUCAGGCCCCGCCCACCCCCUCCCCUCUCGAGAGACCAAGAUCAAUGUCCACCGAGAGUUUACCAGCUGAAGCUACUGAGGAACAGCUCCUGACUAGAAGGAAAAGAGUCGUGUGGGCCGUUAGUAUUUGGGUAUCUAUGGCUAAGGCGGAGGUUGUUAAGGAUCCAACGUUUCAAAAACUCUUACAAUAUCUCCAAAAGUCCCUAGCUAAGGACGGGCUCGAGGAGGAUCAGCGAAACUUGAACAUGUGUCUAAUGGACACCAUCAAGAGGAGCUCCUAUCACGAGGGAACUAAAGGGGGAGGUUCCUCUGGUCUCUCUAUACCUUUUCCUAUGAAGAAGCCGUCGGUUAGCGAGAUUAAGAUUGAAUUAGGAAUAUGUGCUGUGCCGCCUUGUCAACCAAAUGAUACCGUGAAUCUACGGAUACACACGAUUGAUAAGAAAUGCUGCAGGCUUCAUGUUAAGUUGAGCUCGACAAGUCGUGACAUAUUAACUGAGGCAUGUUCUAAACUUGGACUAGACCUCUCGUCCCACGAACUAUGUGAGAUCAAGAGUACCGGAGAGAAGAUCAUCUUCAAAGAGACCGACCUUUCAAUAGCAACUGAGAUGACUGUUAAUGGCCGACUUUAUGCUUUGCCUAAAGACAGUGAAGCAGCCAUUAGUCCUUUACCUGAUCAGAAUCAAAAACCGAUUGCUCCUUUUCCCGAGAGUGAAGGCUCAAGGGAAAUUGCUGCUCAUCUCACUUCGUACGAUUGGAAUCUUUUCUCAAACAUUCAGCAGAUGGAGCUCAUUUAUCAGGUCUUUGGACGUCACCGGUUCUCUCGCAUUACGUCAAACCUUGACGUCAUGAUCCGAAGGUUCAACGAGGUUCAAUACUGGACUGUGACUGAGAUCUGUAAGGAGAGCAACUUACAGAAAAGAGUCAAAAUAAUUCAGAAAUUUAUCAAAAUCGCUUCUCAUUGUAAAAGUUUUAAUAAUUUAAAUUGUUUCUUUGCCAUUGUUGUUGGACUAAUGAACGGAGCAAUAACAAGACUCAAGCAGACCUGGGAGAAAGUAUCAGUUAAGUUAAGGAGACGGUAUGAGCAGUUUGAAGCAUUAAUGGAUCCCUCAAGAAACCACCGAGUAUUGAGGGCCUACCAACAGAAACUCCAGCCUCCUAUCAUCCCAUUUAUGCCACUCAUUGUCAAAGAUGCUUUUUUCCUUCAAGAAGGUAACGAAACAUUUGUCGAUGGAUUGGUCAACUUUGAAAAAAUGCGAAUGGUGGCAUCAAAAGUCAAUGAUUUCAGUUACUAUAGAAAAGGGUCUCUAGCAAACGAAAUAAAAAUGCUAUCGAAUAAAAACUCCGAACUACAAAGAUAUAUAAGGGAUUUCAAAGUUAUCGACAGUCAACAGGUUCUCAUGCAAAUGUCUCACGCCAUAGAGUCCAGUAAAAGGACACAAGCCACGCCUACUUCUUAAACUCCUCCUAUUUUCUCUCAUUGUCACUUCUUACUAACUAUGCUAUACAGGUGUUGCUCGAUGUCACGCCCCCACACUUUAAUUAGUGAAUUAUAUGCAUAAUGUGAACACACCCACUCACAACAGCUGUAAUAUAUCAAUAUUAUUAAAUUAUUAUUAUUAUUAUUACUAUUGUACUGAGCAUCAUAAUGAAUCUCUUAUUGUAUUAAUUUAAUGUUAUGAAAUCUUUUUAUGGUAAGAAUUAUAAAUUGUCCAUUGAACAUUA